AUGGUAAAGAGGACGCCAGCGCACCGCACCUCGGCGCGAGCGCGUCGGGCGCGACGUCCUGCCCGCUCGCGCGCUGCUUCCAGCCACGUCCAGCCGCGGCGCUGGCGUCGCCGCGACGUCCUGGGGGAAGCCUUUCGCGAAGCCCUGCGCCUUGUGCGCGCCACCCGGAACGGCUCGCGGGCGGCGAUCGAUCCUGCGCCUCCCCCUUCACUCCGCGCCCGCCCCCGCGCCCGCCCCCCGCCUGGCGCCACGGCGCUCCGCUGCACGCUGAGGCCACCCAGGCCAGUGGGGUGGUGGCCGACGCAGAAAACAAACAUGGCGGACACGGAGUUCGAACAGUUCCGCCAGUGUUUCGAACGACUCCCGCAGCACAUCAAGACGACGACACAAGCGUACACAUUGGUUCAUGACCUGGCCCUGGACGAGGACAACGAUGGCUCCAACAGCUCGACGCGCAGCGAUUCAGACGAGGACGCCUGUGGAGGGGGAGGGGGAGGCGUCCCCGCGGCGUCCGACGGGGGUGGUGGCGGUCUCGGCGGCGGCCUCGGCACCAGCGCGCCACAGGGGGCGGAGAGGAGGCCGUCGCCGCCGCAUCUCACAAGGCUCGACGGCCCCCCACGCAGCCGGUAUGUGUGGGCUGGGGUCGCGGGCGCAACCCCCGUGGAGAGCGGGGCGCUCGGCGAGGGGCGCGCGCCCGGCCUCUCCAGCGUCACCGCGGGGUCAGCGGCGGCCGUGACCUCGGCGCCGGCCCCCGGGGACGCGGUGGUCGCGGCGGCCAGCGCGGUGCCCGGCGGACCCCCGCGGGAGAGGAGACGACGCCGAUUGCCCGAAAUCCCGCAAAGUGCCAAGAACGCGGCCGCCGCCUUCUGGAACUCGAGCUGCGCGGGCUGCAGCACCUGUCGCAUGGCGGGGUCGGGGGCUGGCCCCAUGUCCCUGGCGGCCGAGCUCGGUGCGGCAGGGGCGGCCGACUUGCCCGUGUUCGCGCCGGUGUUCGCGCCUGGGGGCGUGACCAGGCCGCUGCUCGUGCUCAAGUGCACCGGGCUGGACUCGCCCGACUCGCAGACGGACACCCUGGACUCGGGCCACUCCACCAUGCACUCGCCCCAGCUGCAGCAUGACUCGCUCUCCCCGAACUCCGGAUCGGCGCCCGGCUCCCCGACCUCGAGCGCGGACGGCGUGGGCGGCGCCGGCGGCCGCCUGCCCACCUCGCAACUGGAGCUGCUCGAGGCCACGCACCGGGGCCUCUACAAGUUCGCCCCGCGACACCGGGACGAGAUCGAGGUCGAGAUCGGGGACCUCAUCUACGUGCAGAAGGAGGCCGACGACUUGUGGUGUGAAGGCGUCAACCUCCGGACGGGCCGCCAGGGCUGCUUUCCCUCGGCGUACGCCGUGGACAUGGAGUACGCCGAGCUCGACCCUAGCGAGCCUCGGGUGCGGCGCGAGCGCUUCCUCAUGCGCUACCUGGGCUCGGUGGAGACGCAGCGCCACAAGGGCACGGCCGUGCUGGCGGCAGCGGUCAGCAAGAUGGUGGGCAGCGACGGCAACCCCAAAGGCACGUACAUGCCGUGCGUGCUAGAGGUGUCCGACAAGGGCCUGCGGAUGUCGGACAGCGGGCGCGGCAAGCGCCCGCGGACUCCUCAACAGACCCCGCCGCUGGACUACUUCUACUCCCUGAAGCACGUGUCAUUCUGCGCCUACUUACCACGGGACCAGCGCUUCCUGGGCUUCAUCACGAAGCACCCGCAGAUGCAGCGCUUCGCCUGUCACGUCUUCCAGGGCCAGGAGUCCACCCGGCCCGUGGCGGAGAGCGUUGGUCGAGCUUUCCAGCGGUUUUAUCAGAAGUACGUCGAGACUGCAUUCCCUGUGGAGGACAUCUAUAUUGACUAGCUCGGCGGACGUCAGUCAAGCCAACUCCACCCCCCACUCUAUACUAUAUACCUCGAUUUUGAUAUCGUUGGUAUCGUCGAUUGUACCUGUUUGAGGGAAUCCCAUGACUAGUAACAAAACAACGGUGAUCUAGCAAAAUCAAUUAUACUGUAACAAUUUUACCAAAGUAUUAUUUUAGUCGCAAAGAAUUUUCUAAUCGCGCAACCGAUAUUUUCAAUUUCUCUUUUCUUACAAUAAUACUCAAUAAUGCGUGAAGCGGCAUUUCUCUGCUUUUUGUGAAAGACUCCAGCGUAUUUUACUGUAUGUAUUAAAAUAAAUAAAACAAGAUAUUUUCGACUGCAUGUAAGGGAGUUGCAGCAGGAAAGCAAAUGACCCCUGAAUUGUUUCCAUGGUUAGGAGAACCCGAUCUUCUUAUAACCUGUGUGUAUAGUUUAGCAAUAAAAAUAGCUUGUGUGGUCUUUUGCUUCCUGUUCUGUGUUUUUAUGUUAUACAGAGCAAGAACUCUUCAUAUUGUAUAUAUUUCUGUCACUUCGCAAUUCCCAAAGAUAAUGUUCAGUUUAAAAUGGUUUUCCUGACAAAUCAUUAAUGAUGUGUAAAAGCCAAAAUAAUUUACCAACUGUUAGUUUUUUUUUAUAAGCUUUGUUAAGCACAUGUUCUUCACAGACUUAAGUAAUAAAUUUACUAAGUUGCUAGAGUUUUGCUUAAUACGGAACUUGUGUGUCGUAUUGUGCAAAUCAUAAGUUAGACUUUUUGUGAUACGUUGAUGACGGCAUAUCACGUGAUGGGCGUCUGGGUCGUUCAAUCUCGAGCUGAGCAUCAACCACAUUCGGUUGUCUGCUCAUGGUAGUUUACCUUUGGGGAGGAUGCGACAAGAAACUUUCGUCGCUAUACUGUGAUAGAUAAUACAUUAUGGUGUCACCUCAAGGUGUGUAUGAAUUAAAAUUCAGGAAUGAAUGAACGUGCGUAUGCUGGGUGUCGCAGCGGCCGGUCUGUCUUUUGCAUUGGCUAUACUGUCCCGUAUUGCGUGUGCCUAGGUGGUCGAGCGGGUUUGCAUGGUUUGCGUGGCGUAGUGACCAUAAGAGCCCUUGCGGCCUCCACCCACACGCUAAUGCGCGCUUGCGGCGUGGUACAAAAAAGUACGGGGCCGGUGUGACAUCGUGCAUACUAAAUGUGUCACCGAGAACUGUCUUACAGGCAAUUUGUGAGAAUAUUCUCGGCAGUAUUUUAAGCGAGGGGUAAGUGAUUUAGCACUGUACUCUCAUUUUGUUAAAAACUCAGAUUGUUGCAUUUUGCAAUUGUUAAUGCUUGACCAACCAUUUCUAGUAGUUACGCGUUUUAGAAAAUACGUGCUUUUUAUAUGUUUCAGAACUUUGUGUUUUUACCAAUGCUCUGUGCAUCGAAACUACUAAAGCAAUCAAGUUAUGCUCAUGCACAGUUAUUCUUAAGUUUCGUACGUUCUUUGCGUUUCCCCGCGUAUUCCGCAACCUUCUCAGUCCUACCGAUCAUAUGUUUCGUUCCAUCGAUGUCUGUCUUAAUUAGGACAGUUUAGCUCUCUUCGAUGUAGAAUUUCGAGGAAAAAUGUACAUAAACAAAAUAUGUCAAAAUGAAUUGAAUCACCUGCCUGGGAGAAAGGCGAGGCUGACAAUAGAUGAUGAGUGCGUGUGUGCGUGCGUGCGUGUGUGUGUGUGAGAGAGGCAGAGGGAGAGGGGGGGGGAGAGAGAGAGAGAGCGAGGGAGAAGGAGGGACAGAGAGAGAGAGAAUGUGUUUUUACACUGUGUCUGCGGCAGUGAAUGGCAGCGAGUGUUUGAGUCGCGAUUGUUGUAUUAUAGAUCUAUACCAAAGAAUAAACGACAAAAGUAAAUGAAACCA